GUUUAUUGGCACUUUCUUGUUUUCAAAUAUUGAGUCUUACGAGCCACUUUAUUGGAAGCAUCUUAUCAAAUGGGUCAAAAAGCUCAGAAGUUCACUUUUCUCUCAACAAUUCUUAUAUAAAGAGUGAACCUGAGGGUUGUAACAAUGAUAGUGACUAUGAAAAUCAUAGUAAAAGUAAUUCUCAAGGCAAUAAUAAUUACAGUGGUUCAAAAGACAAAGAAUUGAUUUCUGAUAUGUCUUCGUACUAUGAAAAAUGUACUUCUAUUGAACAACAGGAAUACUGUUCCAGUUUAGAAGCAUUACUUAACAAACUUUGUGCAGAAGGGAAAACUAAUAUUAAUAAAAUUAUUGUGCUAUUGUUAUUUAUUGGUAGAAGUCAAGGAAUUGAUAAUGAAAAAACAUCAUCAGCUUAUGACAUUGAUGAAGAUUUAGAGAAUGAUAACAAUAAUAUACAGACAGGUUCAGAAGAAAUCCUUGAACCUUUAUAUGAAAUGCAACAAGAUACUGUAGAAGAUUUGAGACAUAUAAAUAGGCAUGAAAGUAGUAAUAGUGAUGAAUCUCAAGAUGGUGGCACAAUACAGAAUAAGCAAAUGUAUGUUCAACAAGAUGAAGAGACACCAGAAUUACAAGCAAAUUGA